AUGGUUGGACCUGAAGCGGUCAGUCCAUGGGAAGCAAUUGGGUCGUUAGGAGCGAGGAACUUUAUGUUGUGUGAGAAACCAGAGGAGGAGAAGAAGAAGAAGGUUGAGGAGGAAGACAAUGGAAGAUCGAGUUUCCCCAUUAAUGGAGCUAGGAAAGGAAGCUUUAGGGCUUGA